AGCCCCCAGGGGUGACGCUGGAGAGAAGCAAGACAGAGAUGGAGGAUGGGAUGGAGACGCACAUCUGCCGCCUGGAUGGCUUCUACCCCAGGGAGAUCGAUGCCUCCUGGAGGAGGGACGGGGAGGUCUGGCUGGAGGAGACUUUCCAUGGGUCUCUGGCCCCCAACGCGGAUGGGACCUACCACUACUGGCUCAGCAUCCGGAUCGACCCCAAAGAGAGGGGCCGCUAUCGGUGCCACGUGGAGCACGACGGCCUGCCGGAGCCUCUGGACCUGGCCCUGGAAG